AUGGUGCCGGGCCGCGACCAGCGGUGCCGGCGACGGGCGGGGCGGGAGGAGGCCCGCGGGCGGCCUCGGCGCUCGCUUCCGGUCUGCCGCCCCGCGCCUGCGCGGCCGCGGCGCCCGGGGCUGCGGCGGGGCGGGGCGCUUUUUGCUGAGGUGGCGGCGCGCUGCGGCCGCCGGGUGGAAGGCGGUGCGGAGGCCGCGGCGGCCGAUUACAAAACUCAAAAGCCGAACGCGCCCUCGCCGGCCGUCCCUCGGCGUUACGCCUGCGACGCUUCAGAUGCGCUGCGGUCCCCGCGCCCGCCGCUCCCGAACCGGCCAACGGGGCGUCCCCCGCAGAAAGCGCCCGCCCCGCCCCGCGCUCCAGCGGGCUGCGCCCCCGCAGGCCGCGCCGCGGCCGAGUUCGCGCUGCCCGCGGCGGCGGCCGGCAGGAAGCGCGGGCCGCCCACAGGAAGCGGGCGCGUUGGCGCUGCCGGCCGGGCUGUCCUCCCGUCCCCGAGUCACCGGAGCGGCCGAGCUGCGGCGCCGGGCCCGGCCGCGCGGGGCUCAGCGGGUAGGCGAGGCUGCAGUCGGCGGUGCUGCGGGAGGCUGCGGGGACGGGCUGUGGUAACGCUCUCGGAGCGAGGGUUGAGGCAUCGCGCGUCUGCUUCCAAGUCGCGUUUGCACCGGUUCUGGUCCGUCCCGCAGGGGCACUGUUUUGUUUUUCAUUCCGCGUUACGAUUUCGUAACUUAAUUGGCAAAGCCCAUCAGAGUGCUUUCCGACUGGGAAGCGCUGCAAAGCCGAUUCGGCAAAUUUUGUAUUUGAGUAGCUAUGUAACACAUUCCUGCUUAUUAUUAACAUGCAAUUGAGUAAAAAGAUAU